AUGGAGCAGCGGCUGCGGGAGCUGGAGCGGCUGGCGCAGGGCGAGGCCGGCGGCGGCCCGGGGCUCGACGGCCUCCUGGACCUGCUGCUGGGGCUGCACCACGAGCUCAGCAGCGCCCCCCUGCGGCGGGAGCGCAACGUGGCGCAGUUCCUGAACUGGGCCGGCCCUUUUGUGACGAAGGUGAAAGAGCUGCGGCUGCAGAGAGAUGACUUUGAGAUCCUGAAGGUCAUCGGCCGAGGGGCCUUUGGGGAGGUCGCCGUGGUAAGGCAGAAGGACAGCGGGCAGAUUUUUGCCAUGAAAAUGCUGCAUAAAUGGGAGAUGCUGAAGAGAGCAGAGACGGCCUGUUUCCGGGAGGAGCGGGAUGUUCUGGUGAAGGGGGACAGCCGCUGGGUGACCACGCUGCACUACGCCUUCCAGGACGAGGAGUACCUGUACCUGGUGAUGGAUUACUAUGCUGGCGGCGACCUCCUCACGCUGCUGAGCCGCUUCGAGGACCGCCUCCCGCCCGAGCUGGCCCAGUUCUACCUGGCCGAGAUGGUGCUGGCCAUCCACUCGCUGCACCAGCUGGGCUACGUCCACAGGGACGUGAAGCCAGACAACGUCCUGCUGGACAAGAACGGGCACAUCCGCCUGGCUGACUUCGGCUCCUGCCUGCGCCUCAACGACAGUGGCAUGGUGGACUCGUCGGUGGCGGUGGGGACGCCGGACUACAUCUCCCCCGAGAUCCUGCAGGCCAUGGAGGAGGGCAAGGGUCACUACGGGCCGCAGUGCGACUGGUGGUCCCUGGGGGUCUGCGCCUACGAGCUGCUCUUCGGGGAGACGCCCUUCUACGCCGAAUCCCUGGUGGAGACCUACGGCAAGAUCAUGAACCACGAGGACCACCUGCAGUUCCCCCCAGACACGCCGGACGUGCCGGCCAGCGCCCAAGACCUGAUCCGCCAGCUGCUGUGCCGCCAGGAGCACCGUCUGGGCCGCGGCGGUCUGGACGACUUCCGGAAGCACCCCUUCUUCGAAGGCGUGGACUGGGGGCGGCUGGCGACCAGCACUGCCCCCUACAUCCCUGAGCUUCGCGGGCCCGUGGACACGUCCAACUUUGACGUGGAUGAGGACACGCUCACCCAUCCAGGGACCGCGCCUCCACCGUCCCACGGGCCCUUCUCGGGCCACCAGCUGCCAUUUGUGGGCUUUACCUACACGUCAGGCAGCCCAGGCUCUGAGAGCAGCUCGCAGCGGGCAGCUGCCCCGGGGCAGAAGCUCCACUGUCUGGAGCGAGAGAAGGCAGAGCCGAACGGGAGUUGCCAAGAGGCCCUGCAGAGCCCCUCAGACCCUCGGGAGCUGGGGCAGCCACGGAGGGAGGCGCAGACUCUGCAGGACGGGCCGUCAGGGGCGCUGCGGGCCGGCACCACGCCCUCCUCCCAGCUGGAUGGGCCCCCGGCCGGCCAGGCUGACCUGCGGCAGGAGAGAGACCGACUCCACCAGGAGCUGGCUGCCGCCCGGGCAGCACUGCAGGCGCAGGAGCGGGAGCUCGGCGAGGCCCGGGCGCGGCAGGAGGAGCUGCGGCGCGGGCUGCAGGAGGCCCAGGAGAAGGAGGCGGCCACCGCCAGCCGGGCGCGGGCCCUGAGCUCCCAGCUGGAGGAAGCCCGGGGCGCCCGCAGGGAGCUGCAAGCCCAGGUGGCCACCCUGAAUCGGGAGCUGACGCGGCUCCAGAAACAGCAGGGCGGAAGCCUUCAGAGGGAGUCGGCACCGGGCAAGGCCAUCCACGCCAACGGGGUGGGCCCGCCCGAGGGCAGGCCUCCGGAAGUGCAGCCGAGGGAGGAGGUGGCCGCCCUGCCGGGGCAGCAGGAGCAGAACCACGGCCACAGGUCUGGCGGGAAGGAGGAGGCUCUGUGCCGGCUGCAGGAGGAGAACCGGAGGCUGAGCCAGGAGCAGGAACGGCUGGUGGAGGAGCUGGCGCGGGAGCAGCAGAGCAAGCGGCAGCUGGAGGGCGAGCGGCGGGAGGCAGAGAGCAACUGGGAGGCCCAGAUCGCCGACAUCCUCAGCUGGGUGAACGACGAGAAGGUCUCCAGAGGCUACCUGCAGGCCCUGGCCACCAAGAUGGCCGAGGAGCUGGAGUCCCUGCGGAACGUGGGCACCCAGACCCUCCCUGCCCGGCCGCUGGACCACCAGUGGAAGGCCCGGCGGCUGCAGAAGAUGGAGGCCUCGGCCAGGCUGGAGCUGCAGUCGGCCCUGGAGGCCGAGAUCCGGGCCAAGCGGGGCCUGCAGGAGCAGCUGACGCAGGUGCAGGAGGCCCGCCUUCAGGCUGAGAGCCGCGCUCAGGAGACGGAGAAGCAGAACCAGAGCCUGACCCAGGAGCUCGCGGCUCUGAGGGAGGAAAUGCAGGCCAGGGGCGCCGGGGACGCCAAGCCCUCCAGCUCCCUGAUCACCCUCCUGCCCUUCCGGAGCGCGGAGAAGGACCCCUCCAAGGACCCCGGCGGCUCAGGAGAGGCCCCGAGGCCCGGGAUGGAGCCAGAGCUGAGGCCGGAGGGCCGCCGCAGCCUGCGCAUCGGGGCUGUGUUCCCCAGAGCACCUGCUGCUACCACAGCGCUGGCACAGGGGUCUCCUGCCAAGCCUGGCUCACACACGCUGCGCCCCCGAAGCUUCCCGUCCCCCACCAAGUGUCUCCGCUGUACCUCGAUGAUGCUGGGCCUGAGCCGCCAGGGCCUGGGCUGCGACGCCUGCGGCUACUUCUGUCACUCCACUUGUGCCCCGCAAGCCCCGCCCUGCCCUGUCCCCCAUGACCUCCUCCGCUCGGCCCUGGGGGUGCACCCCGAGACCGGCACGGGCACAGCCUAUGAGGGCUUCUUGUCGGUGCCAAGGCCCUCGGGCGUCCGUCGGGGCUGGCAGCGAGUGUUCGCGGCCCUCAGCGACUCACGCCUGCUGCUGUUCGACGCCCCCGACUCUCGGUUCAGCCCGGCCAGCGGGGCCCUCCUGCAGGCGCUGGACCUGAGGGACCCCCAGUUCUCAGCCACCCCGGUCCUGGCCUCCGAUGUCAUCCACGCCCAAUCCAAGGACCUGCCCUGCAUCUUCAGGGUGACAGCCUCCCAGCUCACGGUGCCGCCCACCACGUGCACCGUGCUGCUGCUGGCGGAGAGCAAGGGCGCCCGGGAGCGCUGGCUGCGGGCGCUGAGCGAGCUGCAGCGGCUGCUGCGGGACGUGCCCCUGACCCUGACCCUGUCGCUGCUUCCAGACCAGGAGCGGCUUGCUCUGGGCACCGAGGAAGGGCUGUUUGUGAUCCACCUGCGCAGCAACGACAUCUUCCAGGUGGGCGAGUGCCGGAGGGUGCAGCGGCUGGCGGUGAGCCCCGCGGCGGGCCUCCUGGCCGCGCUGUGUGGCCGCGGCCCUAGCGUGCGCCUCUUUGCCCUGAGUGAGCUGGAGAGCAUGGAGGCGGCUGGCACCAAGAUCCCCGAGUCGCGAGGCUGCCAGGUGCUGGCAGCGGGGCGCAUCCUGCAGGCCCGCACCCCCGUGCUCUGCGUAGCCGUCAAGCGCCAGGUGCUCUGCUACCAGCUGGGCCCAGGCCCGGGGCCUUGGCAGCGCCGUAUCCGCGAGCUGCAGGCGCCCGCGCCGGUGCAGAGCCUGGGGCUGCUGGGCGACCGGCUGUGUGUGGGUGCCGCCGGCACCUUCGCCCUGUACCCGCUGCUCAACGAGGCUGCGCCCGUGAUCCUGGGGACUGGCCUGGUGCCCGAGGACCUGCCGCCGUCCCGUGGGGGCCUGGGCGAGGCGCUGGGUGCCGUGGAGCUCAGCCUCAGCGAGUUCCUGCUGCUCUUCACCACUGCCGGUGUCUAUGUGGACAGCACUGGACGCAAGUCUCGCAUCCAAGAGCUGCUGUGGCCGGCGAUGCCCACGGGCUGGGGCUACACAGCCCCCUACCUGACAGUGUUCAGCGAGAACGCCAUGGAUGUGUUUGACGUGAGGAGAGCAGAAUGGGUCCAGACGGUGCCGCUCAAGAAGGUGCGACCCCUGAACCCAGAGGGCUCCUUGUUCCUCUAUGGCACCGAGAAGGUCCGCCUGACCUACCUCAGGAACCAGCUGUCAGAGAAGGACGAGUUCGACAUCCCCGACCUCACGGACAACAGCCGGCGCCAGCUGUUUCGCACCAAGAGCAAGCGCCGCUUCUUCUUCCGCGUGUCUGAGGAGCAGCGGCAGCAGCAGCGCAGGGAGAUGCUGAAGGACCCUUUUGUGCGCUCCAAGCUCAUCUCACCGCCCACCAACUUCAACCACCUGGUGCACAUGGGCCGUGUUGACGGGAGGCCCAGCGCCAGGGACCUGUCCCCGGCUCCGGAUGAGAAUGGCCGAGGGGCCCGCAGCUCCGGCCCGCAGCGACCCCACAGCUUCUCGGAAGCCUCGCGGCGCCCAGCCUCCAUGGGCAGCGAAGGGCUGGCUGCAGCUGCAGACCCCAUGAAGAAGAAACCAUGGACAUCUCUAUCCAGCGAGUCUGUGUCCAGUCCCCAGGGUUCUCUGAGUCCUGCCGCCUCCCUGAUACAGGUCUCAGAACGGCCCCGGAGCCUCCCUCCAGCCCCUGAAUCAGAGAGCUCCCCUUGACACCCUCCGGCAGGGCCCACCCUGAUCCCAGGACGGAGAGACAUGAAGGAGCAAAGAGCUUGAAGAGGGCUAGACUCCGGCUGGUCCCGGACAUGUGAAAAUUUGG